GUGUACGCAGAUGUGAGAUUGUUCGCGAAAAGACGGAGAAGCAAAGUGGGGGAGCGGCGAAGGGGAAGGGAUUGAUCUGAAAGCGGCCGACGAGCGGCGGACCAGGACGGCGGCGGUUUGAGGGUUUUGGGUUUCUGCAGUUCUUUAUUUUCGAUUCGUUUCCGCCACAGCUCCGAACUCGAAGUAACCGCACGCACCAACACACCGACGUACGACGCCAAUGGCGACUGAGAUGGAAGAAUUAGUGGGCUUCUUGUCUUCGCCUUCUCCCCCCGUGAAGAAGGCGGCGGUGGACAUUGUCAGUGGAUUAACUGGAAGUGAGGAUGGGUUGCAGUCUCUGGCUACGUUUGCAAAGAUUUUACUGCCGUCGUUGGCUCGGCUUUUGAGUGAAAAUAAGGAGGUGUCUCAACCAGCGGCAGAAGCUCUUGUAAAUCUUUCACAGAAUUCUAACAUGGCAUCCAAGAUGGUCACAAUAGGAAUGGUCAAAACAGCCAUGGAUUUGUUGUACAAACCAGAUACAUCAAUCACUAGACUACUUGUUAUGCUUCUGGUCAAUCUUACACAGUUGGAUGUUGGUAUUGCAUCAUUGCUCCAGACAGGAGAAGAGAAGGUGCAAGGAUUAUAUGUGAUGAAGCUUGUGAGGUCAUUUUGUAGAUCCUCCAAUGAAUCAGGCGAUGAUUCAUUUGAGCAUGUGGGUUCAAUCCUGGUAAACAUUUCAAAAAAUGAAGCAGGGAGGAAGAUUCUACUGGAUCCCAAACGAGGUCUCCUUAAGCAGAUCAUCCGCCAAUUUGAUUCAAGUAGUCCUUUGCGGAAAAAGGGGGUAUGUGGAACUAUUCGCAACUGCUGUUUUGAAGCUGAGAAUCAACUGCAGAAUUUGCUUUUAGUAUCCGAGUUUCUUUGGCCUGCUCUUCUUCUGCCUGUUGCUGGCCAUAAGAUCUAUGCUGAGCAAGAUACAGCAAAGAUGCCUCCUGAGCUUGGGACUGCAUUGUCAAUUGACCGGGAGCCAGUUGGUGAUCCUGAAAUUCGGAUCCAAGCACUUGAGGCAAUCUAUUUAAUCGUAUUACAGGAAGCGGGGAGGAGAGCCUUGUGGUCUCUCAACGGGCCAAGGAUACUUCAAGUAGGUUAUGAAGAUGAGGAAGAUCCUAAAGUAAUGGAAGCAUACGAGCGGAUUGGCUCUUUGCUUGUUGAUGGUAGUGGAACAGAGGAAUCGACCGCUGAAGCAACCAAGUAGCUGGGUGUAUCUCGCAAGCUGCUGUCAAGAAGUCCUCAUAAUUUUGUUGUGUUUUCCCAGCGAGGAACUUGAUGGUGAUCGUGAAGGUUGUUCUUUAGGUUCAUUUAUGCUCUCUACGUUAUAGUGUAGCUUGAUAUGCGCUGUGAAAUAUGCGGCAAUGAUAUUUAGCUUGCUCAGACAGGCACUCUUCUAUUUUCCCGGGUGACCAAUGCUCGGUGCUAGAUGAAUUUUGAGUAUAUUGCUUCUAUAUAGCAAUAGGAGAUCAUAUAGACCUGAGUAUUGGACAAACUUCUCGUCUGCC